AUGGUCAAACAACAAAAGGCCACGAAACAUCUCGCUCGGGCGCACCUACUGCAGCGUCACAGAUCCAGCUCAAAUGCUGAUGAGGCCGAAUGGGAUACAAGUCACCUCGCAAAUUUACUCGACGUCAAUUACCUGCAUCGUAUGAAUUUUGAGAUGUGGGUGAGCUUUCCAGACCAGCCUGAGCAUGCCUUGCACAAGUACACAAAUUUACAAACCGCGACCGCGACUUCAAUGCCAAUGCCACUUGAGGAACUCGUUGAUUGGCGACUAUCCUUUCCCCAUUUACAGAACAGCAUAGAGGAAGGCUCGCCAUCUGCACGGUGUGAAAUUGUACUGCUUGACACAAACUUUCAGCUUAUGGACAAUUUUCCACCGCGUCACUCCAAGCUCGGGAUAGGAUUGGAGCUGGAGUUCCGCGCUAGAGAUUGGAAGUCAAAGGUCUCUCCACCCGAUGAACCAAAGAAUUGGUACUCCAUCACGUACAUGUAUCAGAAUGGAGAGCAAGUGCAGGAGGCUAUUUUUGAAAAGUGCAUCAUCUCUGCCCACGGACAAGUCAGACCUGUCUUUCAAUCUAGAUGGUGGGCAUCAACAUUUACAUCUCUGACGGAGAUUAAGAAGCUCGCGGAGGACUCCAAAGAUCCCAUAGCAAUUCAUUCAGCGGAUGAUCACGUCCGAGGGUUCUUUCACAGCUUGACCAUCAUGCAGGAGGUCUGGGCAUGUUAUGAUGGGGCGGACGGAAACAACUCGGGAAGAAGAAUGGCAAUCCUGCUCUGGAGGUUUUCCCAAGCGCAAUCUGGAUUCGUGGGAACAACAACGUGGCAAAAACUCAUUGCUCCUCCCCACCGCCUUGCAACAAACAGCCCGCUACCGCCAGCGUCAGAGAUGGGAUUACCUCCUCUUGCCCUGGAUACAAUGAUGGAAGGCUCCCCCAUCCAUGCUAACUUUGACAGAAAUGACCACUUCCUCGAAGAGCCAAACCUGUCUUGGGACAGUUUUAUUCCAUUCAAACAGGAUGGAAGCCCUGAAUUUGGUCAGAUGGCUGCCACCUUUGCCAAUUCGAUCAGUGCCGGCCUAUCCUUCGACCAGCUCCACGAGACUAGCGACCACAAUAAUUUUGGACUCCAGGAUCCGAGUGGCCUCGAGAUACAUUCCCAGCAAGACCACCCAAUUGAAGCAAAUCUCUUUGAGUUGCCACGUCUGACAAAAGAAGAAACCAAUCUCUCACGCACGCAUUAUGGCCUGCUUGAUCAUUUGUCAGGGAGCUCCCAUUCACCUCCUAUAUCUCACGAUCGACCAUUGGCAAGAUUCGACAGGAAGUACCACACCGUCCUGCAAGAGCAACUCGGCACGGAUGAUUCGCACCAAGAGAACAGCCAACAUCCAGGAAACGAACUGUGCCUCGGUUCAGAGCACAAGAGUUCACAAAAACCUCUGAUUAAGUCCGAGCCCGAUGACCAAGAUUGCAUGAAUAUGUCUCCUAGUUAUCAUGAGCCUUGGGCACAUGUUGAUGAACACGAUGAAGCCCUCUACUCUGCCUUGCUUGCUGUAUCUGCAGAUGAUGCUGUUGACAAUAGUCAACCACCCAUCAUUCCACACUCGCCCGGUCAGGACGACGGUCAGUAUGUCUCACCUCAGCAAUCACAAACACCGCACUGGGAGUCUCCUGUAGCCUUUCGACCUCCGUUGCAGACUCAUCAUAGUUUCCCAAGUUUGGAGUAUCAAUUAGGAGUUGAUGAUUCUUUCGCCCUGAUAUCAUAUCCUCACUCUCUUCUUGCCCAUGACCCGGGCUUGCAGUCGAAAUUCCCAGAGGUGGAAGGAUAUUUGGAUGCCAAUUCCCACACCAUAGAUGUCUGUGCGCCGACUUUGACACGCCCUCGAAGUGAGCCAGACCUAUCUGCUUAUCAAAGCGCCGAGCCCGAUAUCACUCUAUUGCAUCACCAAUCCGUUGUGCCGAGAUCGCAGACUCAAGAGAGCAGUCUACAGGCUGGCUUGCCAACAGCUGUCCAUGCGUUCAGGCAAUUCUCAAGUCACAGAUCCGACUCUGCGUUGCAAGAGCGGUCAGGGUUUCCGGGGUUGAUAGCGCCCACUUUCGAAGUAGAAAGCCAAAACGAUGAAGCCUAUGCCGAGGUCAAAAUGGCGGAUAUUGAGGUCUGA